AUGGCAAAGAGUCUACGCAGCAAAAUUAAACGUCGUUUUCGUUCAAUUAAACGUAAAACGGUUUUUGCGCCCGUCGAAGAUGCACGUACGUUCCGACUUGCUAGUAAGCUAUCCCAAGAUGCAAGUGUCACUAUACGGCCCAAUCAGCAGCAUAAUGGAAUUAUUUCUGAUACUUCCCUCACGGUCGAAACUACUCAACAAGAUCCUCAGCUGCAAUUAACCUCAGACAUUAUUUCUUCUGAGUGCACGGAUCACAAGACAAUACCGACUAAUAUGCUUGAAACACAAGAUGUCUCAGGUUCGUUAUGUUAUGAAAUACUGGGUUUGCUUAACCCUGACUUUGUUGAUGUAACGAAUCUUGCAGGACUUGCUCAUAUUUUUUCCGACAUUCUGAAAGAAUCAUUCUAA